UUCAAACACCGAUAAUUUUCUAAAUUGUGAUGUUAAUAAAAUUAAAUAUGCAAUUAUAUGUGAAUAAUAAUAUAAAUAUGUUAAUUAAUAAAUAUUCUAAAUAUUUAUCUUACAUAGAUUGCUUAAGAACAGGGAUCAGCUAAUUGAUAAAGCUUUUAUUGUGCUUAUUUUAAAUUUGUUAAAAUAACUUUCUGUAAUGUAAAAAUUGCAUAUUCCACUUAUUACGAAUCUCCAUUGAUCCACAUGUGUUUCAUUGUAUCUGACCUUGCAUAAAAGUUGAUGCACUAUCGCUUCUAGCUUCGCGAGCUUUCGUAACCAUAGCAACGAGACGCCGCAGCGCUUUCUCCGCCCGCCCUCCGCAGUUUGCUACUACCCUUCGAACUGGGCAGAUGUCUGAUUGUACUCCAAUACUAAAUCGAUGUAUAAAUCGUAAACUAACUUUAACUUAUUAAUAUUUCAUGAAAUAAACUGAAUGUAAAAAAUAUUUUUUUUAUUUAUUUUCUUAUGAUGUUUGGUUAUAAACGCGCUUUCGGAAAACUUUGGAUGCAGUUGGUGUGUUACAAAUAUGUGUUUUCGUGUGCGUGAGUCAUGAGGGGUGUAUUUUCUGAGGGUUUAAGUACUAGGGCGACAUGACUACGCAGGAAGCAGCAAACGUGUUCACGGACGACGAUGAGGACUUGCGGCCAAGACAACAGAGUCUCGGCGGAGUACUGCGGCGGGAGGGCAAUUGGAAGUGCUUCCUCCUGACGCUGAUGAUUGCCGGCUGCCUCGCGUCCGUCGCCUGGUGCAAUACUGCAGAAAUCGAUAGGCAACUUAUUGAUCUUACUAAGUAUCCAAUAAAGCAGACAGUUCGCGAAUCACCCUGUGACGUGGGCUACGCAUACAUCCCGAUAGCAUUCGUGCUACUCCUCUAUUUAGUAUACUUGGUGGAAUGCUACCACAGUACAGCCAGAAUACAGUUAGCCAGGCGCGUAGAUGUGGCUGCAGUGUCUGCUAGAGUACACUCUAUGAGGACAGCCACUCCGAGGGUCUGGUGGAAAGCAAUUUGUUACCACUACGUGCGACGGAAGAGACAAGUCACUAGAUACAGGAACGGCGAUGCGUAUACCACAACACAGGUAUAUUACGAAAGAGUGAACACGCACAGCGCGAGUACAUCUUUUGCCCAUGCCUGCUGUGGACAAAAAGACGCAUCAAGAAACCUGGUGCUUGAUACAAGUACACCCAUCACUAAAGUGAGGUUUAGCAAGGGCUUUGCGUUUGCUAACAUUGAAGCAGCUAGCGAAUUUGAAGAUCAAAGAUCAAGGUUCUUCGCGGAGCAUGAAAGAUUUGAUGAUUUCAUGGAAAUGCGUGAAGGGUUGGAUCUAAUUGGCGUCAGCUCGUUUAAAGAGUACAUGGUGGCUUAUAGGGACACCGACCGAUGUCCUUGGUAUUCUUCACAGCUUCUAUUCUGGACGUUGUCUUGCCUUCUUCUAUCAUGGCCUCUUAGAAUUGUUAUAGAAUGUAAUACAGCAUACGUACAUUAUACGAUUACGAAAAUAUUUGGUACAAACUACGAAUUAGAUCCGAGUCGACAGUUAGACUUGGAUACACAUUUAUCUGACACACUUCCACCCGUCCCAAACACAAAUUACUCUUGGGCGUUAGCAGAUGAACAAAGUGCUGUUCUAUGUUCAGCUCCAAGACCACCUCGAACUCUCCCACUUUCACACGCUUCUACAGUUGAUAGUUUAGAAUUAUUCGCCGCUAUUCGAGGUAACUGUGCCAUAGUACCUUCCUAUUCAGAAGCCAUGCGAAUUGACGCGGCAGUACGAGAAGAACCCGCUGAAACUUCAAACUCUGGCGUGGUAAUUGAUAUAGAAUCGGAAAGACCUACCAGACCAGCAAUCAAAGCGGCUUCCUUCGAUGAACCGCCCAGAAGACCAAAGGUAACAAUAUCUGGGACUCAUUCUAGUAAUAACAUAGCCGGUAGUUCUAGAUCGAAUGAAGCGAAGCAGCUGAAUAGAAGAUCCUGGGCGGGAGUGUUAACUACAGGUCGUAGUGCUAGACAGAUUUUAGAAGACUUAACAAAUAACGUCAAUUAUGAACAAAUUCCAGAACCGCAGGUACAAAAUAGGGAGGGUGCUAUUUAUUUCUCAAGAGAACUUUCUCCUAUUUCGUCUAGAGAUCCAUUUGGAGGUCGAGCUCAAACUACUCCUACGGAUGAGCCUCCUACGUACGAAGAGGCUUUGAAAUUACCAGCUCUAAGAAAGUUAACUAGGUCUAUAACUGGGACAGAUUUCGGUGGCCCUAGACGAGCGUUUUUGAGAGAUGUUCUUUCAAAUAGAAGGUCCUGUUUAGAGGGUGUUGGUGUUUUAGCUGGAGCCAAAGCUGUUAGGGUUCCCUGCGAUGAAUCCGGCGAAGAAACACACCUAUAGAUAGUGCUUCGUAUAAUUAUGCUAUUUUAAUGGUGCAAUACUAGUUAUAAACUAGGCUGUAAAAUGACUGAGUGACGUUAUUAAUAUUGUAUUUUCGGCAAUACCAUUUAAAAAGAGCUUACAGUUUAUUCUUUGUUUGAUAACAUGACGUCAUUUUAUUCCCAUCAGUAAAUAAUAUUAACUUGUUCUCAAAUAAUGAGUAAGUUUAUUAAUUAAACGAAACCGUUCACCAGUAAAAUUUCUGUAUAAUAACUGUGUCUCAUGCAGAUAUUGUUUAUCAAAUUAAUUUUGCGAAACAUUGUCCUUAUUAAAACUUUCCGCCUUUGGGAGCUGAAGUCCAUUUGUUAUAGGUCGAUGAUAAAUGGUACUCGUUUUGGUUAUUUAUUUAUUAAACGACCCAUGUAUAUGCUAAUUGUUGAAUAAUGUAAAUAUUCCAUAAUUAUAAAGCUUACUGCUUAAGAAAAAGGUAAUUUUUAAGGUGAAAGACAUUCAUAAGACUUGGUACGUUUCAUUUAUGUGAAGAACAGGAUUUGAUAAAUGCCUUUAUAUUCUGAAUAUCGUCAAUUAUAUAUGCGACAUUUACACUCCUUUUGGAGUUAUUUCUGCAGUACCAUAUUAUAUUAUUCCAACUGAUUAAAUUGUAAAUAAUAACAUUUUAUAAAUACCAAAGAAUCGGUCAAAGUUAUGAUAACUACUAAGGCAGUGCCUUCUAUCGUAAGAUAAAAUGAAGUUUAUUUAUUUCGUGUCCUUAUGUUUCCUUUGCUGUUUGAUUCAUUUAUGAAAGUAAUUUAACUUCGAACUUUUAUUUUCAGUGUAAAAACAUUAUUUUACCUUUAUAACGAUUUAGUCA